GUAAGGAGUGGAGGAAAAGGCAAAUAAGAAAGAUAACAGAUCGAGUUUUUGAAAAAGUACAGAAUCAAAAGGAAAGUGAUAAGUUGAGUUUUGAAGAUCUGUAUAUUGCUGUUUUACUCGUGUACAAUGAUAUCAACAAGUAUAUACCUGGUCCCCAUUUUGACCCUCCAUCAAAAGUCAGAGUCAAAGAAGUCAAAGAGAAAUGUGAUAUAAACCUUGAUGGGGAUAUUGACCGUGAAGAAUUUUUCGAUUUCAUCCUGCAAAUGACAGCUGAUACAUUCACUGUUGUUAGCCAAAAACUUAUUGUCACUAUGGUUGUAGCACCAACAGUUGCAGUGGCAACAAAGAAAGCCACCGAGGGUGUUCCAUGUGUUGGGAAAGUGGUGAAGAAGAUACCAAAUUCAGUUUAUGCUUCCCUUGUAACCAUUGCAGCUGUGUGGUUCCAGAAAAAGGCUCAAAGUUCUUCACUGUAGCCAUUGCUCACCAAGUCUUUCACAAAGAAUGGUUGAAUUCUCUUGAUUCUGCACAUAAUAUUGAAACUGUAUCCAUGUUAGAUACAAAAUGACAAUUGAUAAAAGGUUUAACUAUGUUUGUUUUUGUUCCUAAACUAUAAGGCAAAUUUAGUUAUCGUUCCAAUCUCAAAUUUUGAUUAAAUUAGGUCCUUAUAUUUAAGAAAGACAUAAAUGUAAUCUUUUUUGUCCAACAGGGUUAAUUGUUUUUUGAUGUGAUAAACAACAAAUCAUGUCAGAUGCAAUCCACAAGUUCUCUUCAUAUCAAUGUGAUUUGUAGUUUUUCAUGCUAAAAUACAAUUAAUACUGUCGGGUGAAAAUGAUUGUAUCCAUACAUUUCUUAAAUAUAAAGACUUAACAUGAUCAAAAUUUAAGAAAGAGACAAAAACCGAAAUCAUGUCAUAGUUUAAGGAUACAAACAUAGUUAAUCCUUGAUUAAAUCAAUGAUAUGUUUUGCAUUUUGGAUAAUAAA